AUGCUUAUGGCCAACCGACCAAGUAUUCUUCGUCACUACCAUUACACGCAGAUUCCACCGAUUCGCAGGCCUGUUGUUUCGAUUGAACGAGGAACAAGACGUGCCCAAAAUAUGCUCGACGAAGAUUGGCGAGAGACAUCUAAGCCUACAGAGCAGCCGACAUACCAUUACUCUCAGUACCAAGCGCCUCAGCCUGCUAGGUCAUCUUCAAGUCGGACUGGUUACUCAUGGCAGCGUCUACAAGAGACCAUUCAGCGUGAAUCCCGAGCUCAUGGGAUUACGAACGACAAAGAUGAAUCAGCUUAUGAAGAUACGGACACUUGUAAGGCAGAAGAGAGUGAGACGCCGACCGACGGUGUAGAAGUGACUGGUAGUAGGUCGAGUAGGACUCGAAGCUGCCUUGCGUGA